AUGCACGGUUUCGCCGAUGCGACGGAACGCGCCUACGAAGCGGUUUUAUACCUCCGCACAAUCGCGGACGGCAGGGCGUGGCUGACGCUGCUGAUCGCCAAGACGCGAGUCGCGCCGCUCAGACAGGUCUUCCUUCCGCGACUGGAGCUUUGCGCGGCUGCUCUGUUGGCUCGGAUCGCGGCUCACACCGCUUCCGUCCUGACCCUGGAUGGAGCGGCGAUUCACCUUUGGACGGACUCCACAGUCGUUCUGGGAUGGCUUCAGGGACAUCCCAUGCGAUGGACAACCUUCGUGGCAAACAGGGUCGCCGAGGUUCAAGGAGCACUGCCGGACGCGCACUGGUAUCACGUGCCGGGGCGGAUCAAUCCGGCCGAUUGUGCGUCACGGGGAAUGUCACCCCUGGAGCUGCGAGCGCACAAGCUCUGGUGGCGAGGACCUCAGUACCUGUGGGCGAGCUCUGCGGCUUGGCCGGCCGAGACAGCGGUGGCCUUGAGUCGUGGGCUGCCCGAGCAGCUCGCUGCUCGGGUCCACAUCGCUUGCGAGGGGCAAGAACCGGAGGAGCUGACUCGCUUCUCCUCGUUGCGCCGUUUAUUUCGGGUGACCGCCUGGAUGCGCCGCUGGUUGACGUUGGCAACUUCGCGUGCCGACUUGACGCGGGGGGCAGUGCUCUCGGCUACUGAGCUGGCUGACGCUCGGACCAUGUGGAUCCGAUGCGCGCAGAGGAUUGCCUUCCGGGACGAGAUUAAGGCUCUGUCGAGGGGGCGUAUCGGGCGCUCUCGGGGUCCACUCCGGUUGCUGAGUCCGUUUCUCGAUGAUAGGGGACUGCUGCGCGUGGAUGGUCGACUGAAGCACGCGCUGUUGAGUGUGGACAAGCGUCAUCCCAUAAUACUUCCGCAGGGUUCGCAUCUCACCUAUCUGGUGAUCGCGGACGAGCACGGCCGUGUUCUUCAUGGAGGCACCCAAUUAACUCUCACAUCGUUGCGUCAGAGGUACUGGGUACUGCCCCCUCGAUGGUGA